CGGGCCGGUGUUGGGUUCCCGAGGAGCCGGGGGAGCGGCUCCGGUGGUUUUCCCCUUCUCGGGGCUGGGUCGAUUCCCUCCGCAACCACUCCCCGGCGCGGCCGAGGGUGUCUCUUCCCGUCCGCCUGAGGUACGGGCGCCCCCAGCCUUCUCCCCUCGCUGAGGGAAGGGAGCAGCCGCCCGCCGGCGGUGCCCGGGGCCCCCGCGCUGAGGGAGCGGGGCUGUCUUCCCCUCCGGUGAGGUGCGGGUGUCCCCAGCCGCUGAGGGAAAGGGGGGGGGCCUCUCUCUCCACCCCGGACAGAACCAUGGCCAUAGCUGCAGUUCCCGAGGCGGAAACCCGGCUGUGUGGCAACUGCAAAAGGGAUAUUCCUCUUGCUAAUUUCAUCGUGCAUGAAAUCCACUGUCGCAGAAAUAUCGAACUAUGUUGCUUCUGCAGUGAAUCAGUCCCAAAGUCUGAAAUGAAGAACCAUAUUGAGUCUGAACACGUGCAGGUUACCUGCAAGUGUCAGAUGAAGAUAGAAAAAAGUCUCUUGAAGGAUCAUGAGGCGUCAGCGUGCCCUCUGCGCCCUGCUGUCUGCCAGUACUGCGACAUACAGCUCACUUUCAACAAGCUCCAGGACCAUGAAAUUUACUGCGGCGCGAGGACUGAGACAUGUGGGGCGUGCGGUCGUAACAUCAUGGUGCAAGAUCUAAAAGAGCAUCCUCGAGUCUGUGGGCAAGAGGUGAAGCAAGUCAGAGGAAGCAGAACAGUGCCUCGCUAUGAGGAUGCAGAUUUGCGUGCCAUGCGAGACAUCGGAAACUGGCUAAGAUCAGAGGAUGAACUGGAGCAGUUGGAGAGAAAUGAAAACACUCAUUCUUCACUUUAUGAAGAGUGGAACACCAAUUUAGACUACGUGUUGGCUCUUAGCCUGCAAAAUGAGAAUAAUCCUCACAACAAUGCUGCAGCUGAAAUUCCCAGUGACUUCUGGGAAGACUACUACACCAAAGAGUCUGCACCAUCGGCCUGUCUUAAUGAAACAGACAAGUCAGAUAUCUUUUCCUGUGACUCUUCAGUGUCUUUCAGCACGUCAAACCACAUAAAAAAUGACGAGAUCAUCAUGUUGCCAUGUGAAUUUUGUGAGGAGCUCUACCCUGCCGAAGAUCUGAUUCUUCACCAGACAGGUUGUAACCCAGCAAGUGCCUUUGCUUCAUUCAGUAAAAGAAGUUCUUCUCCAAAUCCGCAAGAAUACGAUGGUCCGCGUACUAUUGGGUCCAAAAGCUGCAGAUCUCUCUCUUUGUCCCAGCCUCAAGCUGUCCAGGCAGAAGGAAACAUCAUCAUUCCCUGUGAAUUUUGUGGCAUCCAACUAGAAGAGGAGAUGCUCUUUCAUCAUCAGCACCGUUGCGACCUGCGCCCAGCCGCCAGCUUUCCACGCCAGCAGGUGCCGCCGCCUCAAGCCACCAGGGAGAGGAGAGAAUCGCCAGAGCUGGCUCGGAGACGUGUCAGGCAUCAAGGAGAUGUUUCUCCUUGGCGCGCAGGCGGCUUUGAGCAGCAGAGGCUCAGCUAUCCUGCAGGAGGGACCAAGUCACUGAGUAAUUUGGCAAGUGUCAGGAACAUGCCAUUGUGCUCCUUGUCGAGAGCUGGUGACGCUCCAGACUCCAAGGGGAAGCCCAGGAGGACGGCCGGCAGCGAGGGAAGAUCAAAGAACAAAGGUGCAAGUGAAUCUGCAGGUGGGACAACGCCACGUGCGAGACCUACUCAGAACUUUGAUUCGGAAGCCUUCAUGUCCAGCUUCUCGAGAACUUCUCCCGCCCAACAAAGCACUGGAGGAGGAAGGAGCCUCGGGCUGUCGGACGGUCCCGCCAGCUUCAGGCGCAGGAGCACGAAGGCAAAAGCCCAGAGCCCAGCAUCUGAGGAGCCAGAGGAAAAGUGAGCCACCACUUAGGAAACCAUGUUUAGCACGCUACGCACUAUUACUGUGCACACUAGUACUUACUCAUCCGAAUGCAAGUAAAUUCCUAUAUUGUCACUGAAGGCUAUGAAUUUAAAAUUUUAUAGGCAGUGAUCCUUUUUUUUUUAUAUAUAUACAUGUAUUUUUAAUUUGUGAGAGUAUACUACAGAUUUUUACUCUGUGAUCUCUACUACCAACAUCCCAAGGCAGCAAAUACACUUCUACCCCCUGGAACGACCUGGUUGUGUCACCCUCUGUGUCACCGGGUGAAGGAGACACUCUGACACGCAGCUCAGCGCCGGCUCCUGGCAGCGAUGGAGGAGGCUGCAUAAAACGCUUUUUAAUGCUGUAUUAGUCCUCGCUUUUUAAAUUUCUCUUAAUAAAUGUUAUCUAAUGAUGUCCCAAAA